GCUUACAUGAUGUCAAUAGCCCAGAAAGGAAGAAUGCGUUCGUGUUUGGACUUCCGUCAAAUAAACUUUCGUCACGAUCCGUAUUUAAGGACCUAGCUUGUUAAAGAAAAGCAAGAUUUCAUCGUUAAUGAUCAAUAUUCGUUGGUGAAUACAGUCCUGAAAUAUGGGCAACUCUAUAAUUAAGUGGUUGAUCAGAGAGGUUGAAGAGGAACACACCAUUAAAGCAACUUUGGAAGAUGGAAGCUCUCACGAGGAAGUAAAGAAUGGUAUGUUUUACGUUCUAUUCAUACUAAAAACAUGACCAUGAUUUUUCACCAGUAGGAUCCUAAAGGAUUUUGGAGCCUGACAAUGUAAAACGACCGAUCGCAUUCUAAUCAUAAUGAACUAAGCGAUGUACGCAUCCGGUCAUGUAUCAAGCCUCACAUUUUUUUUUUCGAUGAAAUAAAUUCGUUUCAGUUUUCGAGGCUACGUGAAAUUAUACAAAGGAUGAUUUGUUUAGUUCGGUGAGCCAAACAUCUCGUAUCGUUGAAGAAUGAUUACUGAAAUAAAUCUUGAAUACGUAUUUGUAACUAUUUCACUGCAGGUUCGCCGGACAAUCAAGGACAAGUACCUGUAUUUCAAGCCUUUGAUUCCAUGACAGCUAAUCCACAAAUGGCAGAUACGUAUCUGAACUUUGCUAAAGCCAGAGACCAUCAGAACGAUCAAGUGUACGAUGGAGUACGGAAUCCAUAUGUUUUAGUAAUAAACAACGUAAAUUUUAUCAGAGACCCAGUUCCAAGAAAUGGAGCUAAAUUCGACCUCAGAAAAGUGGAGACAUUUGCUAAAGAAGCUGGUUUCCAAGCUGUAAGGCAGCACAGGGACUUAACAAAACAGGAGAUGGUGUACAUCCUUGACGAAACCCGCAAAAACAGAGAAUUGGGUAAGUUUCUCUACACUACCUCAAACAGGUUUUAUGACAAGUCACCAAAUACCUAGUCUACCAACUCUCUGUAUCCGUUGUUGAGUCUUGCUACGCAAAGCUCCUUCUUUCCAACCUAGGAAAAGAUUACGCGUGAUCUAAAGGGAAUAAGAUUACCGAAUGAGGAUAUGGACCGAAAGUUCAGUUACUGUACUUAGAGCGCUUUUCGAUCGCGUAUCCUAACAACAUUAAUUAAGAACGAGGCAAAUACAGAGAAAGGAAAAUACCCUACAGAACGAACGUAAAACAAGCCAACCACCAAAAGCGCGGAAAAUUGUCGGUGACCAAAUCGUGAUUGGUUAUAGUUUUGCAUCUGAUCGGUUGAGAGAGUGGUACAGGUUUUCUGAACCACUCAGAGCGAAUUUAAAGACUAUUUUCAAAUUUAGGGGAGGAUCCGUCUAUGUAAUUAAACGUCUCUUGAAUAUUUACCAUUUAUCUAAUCAUUUCUUUUUUUGCAGGUAAACAUGACGCAUUCAUCUGCAUUAUCAUGAGCCAUGGUAAUGAGACAGGAAUCCUAUGCAAGCACGGUGAAACCAUUCCAGUAGACGAAAUAACCGCUAAAUUUCGUGGUGGCAAAGAGUCGUGUUCCCAGCUGGUGGGAAAACCCAAACUGUUCUUCAUUCAAGCAUGUCGUGGCAAAGUUGACGACAAAGGGUAUUGGGUCACCAAUGGGCAAGAAUCAGACAAUGUUUUUGCUGAUAGCGCCCAGAGCGAGGAGUUGCCUGUAAAACUUCCUUCUGAGGCAGAUUUUUUGAUCAGCUACUCGACCACCGCGGGCUGUAUCUCUCACAGGAGGUUCACAGAUUCUACGGUGAAAGGAGAAAGACACAGCGAAAAAUUGGGCUCUUGGUUCAUCUCCUGCUUGGUGAAGGUUCUACAAGAAAAUUCGCACGUUGACGACUUAAUGACAAUGCUGACUAAAGUGAAUCAAGAAAUGAUCAAAUAUAGGACAGAUGGUGGAAGCAAACAGAUUCCAUGCCAUCUCACCACGCUCACGAGAAAAGUCUACUUUGCAAAUUUCUUUGAUAAGAACCGGCCUCAAACUUGCCCUUGA